AUGAUGAUGAUGAUGAUUAUCGUCAAAUAAAAUGUAUCAAAUCAGAAUCAUCAAUGAAAACAUCAUCAACAAAUUCUGUUACCAACAGUGAUAAUAAUAUUGUUACAAUGGAUAUUGAAACCGGUGAAAGAGAAUUUGAAUUAACAAAUAUUACAAAAGAUGGUUCAACAACAGCAAAUCCAUCACAAUUUUUUCUUAUACGUAUACUUGGUGAAGGUUCAUUUGGUAAAGUAUUUUUAGUUAGAAAAAUUGAAGGACCUGAUGCUGGUACAUUAUAUGCAAUGAAAGUUUUGAAAAAAGCUACAUUAAAAGUUCGAGAUAAAUUACGAUCAAAAACUGAACGUGAUAUAUUGGCCGAUGUUCGUCAUCCAUUUAUUGUACGAUUAAAUUAUGCAUUUCAAACUGAAGGAAAAUUAUAUCUAGUUUUAGAUUAUUUACGUGGUGGUGAUCUAUUUACUAGAUUAAAUAAUGAAGUAAUGUUUACUGAAGAAGAUGUAAAAUUUUAUUUAGCUGAAUUAGCAUUAGCAUUAAAUCAUUUACAUUCAUUGGGUAUUAUUUAUCGUGAUUUAAAACCAGAAAAUAUUCUAUUAGAUUCGGCUGGUCAUAUUAAUCUAACGGAUUUUGGCCUAAGUAAAGAAUCAUUAAACAAUGAAAAAUGUUUUUCAUUUUGUGGUACUGUUGAAUAUAUGGCACCGGAAAUUAUAUCACGUAAAGGACAUACACAUGCUGUUGAUUGGUGGUCAUUUGGUGUUUUAAUGUUUGAAAUGUUAACCGGUGUUUUACCUUUUCAAGGUCCAUCAAGAAAAGAAACAAUGCAACAAAUUAUGAAAGCAAAAUUAUCAAUGCCACAAUAUCUUAGUACGGAAGCACAAAGUUUAUUACGUGCAUUAUUCAAACGAAAUCCAAUCAAUCGUUUAGGUUAUAGUAAUGUUGUUGUUGGUGGUGGUGGUGGUAAUGGUCCAAAUGAUUCAAAUGAUAAUCAAACAUGUGCCAUACAAUUACAUCCAUUUUUUGCUACAAUUGAUUUUAUUAAAUUAUAUAAUAAAGAAAUAACACCACCAUUUAUACCAUCAUUAAUGCCAUUAUCAAAUAAUCAUUAUUUUAGUAUUGAUUCCGGUACAAAUCGACCACCUGAAGAUUCACCUGGUCUACCACCAAGUGUUAGUUCAAGGGAUUUAUUUCGUGGAUUUAGUUUUGUUGCACCACAAUUAAUACAGGAAAUGUCAUUAAAUUCAAAAGAUAUUUCGGAAACAUCAACAUCGACAUCAACAACAACAACAACCUCGACAACAACAACAACAUCAUCAUCGACAACAACAACAUCAACAACAGAUACAAUCAAUACUGGAAUCAAUACAACCGGUUGGAUAAGAUCAUUAAAUGAUUUUCAAUUUUUUGAAGAAUUAGGACAUGGUACAUAUGCAAAUUGUCAACGUUGUGUUCAUAUUGAAAGUGAUAAACAAUAUGCAGUCAAGAUUGUUAAUAAGAAAAAACGUGAUUGUCGUGAAGAAGUAUCAAUAUUAAUGCGUUAUAGUCAUCAUCCAAAUAUUGUUACAUUUUAUGAUGCAAUUGAAGAUCAAGAUAAUGUUUAUAUAUUUAUGGAUCUAAUGGAAGGUGGUGAAUUAUUGGAAAAAAUAUUAGCUAAAAAAUUUAUUAAUGAAAUUGAAUCAAGUGAAAUUUUCGAAAUAAUAACACAGGCAAUUAAUUAUCUACAUGAACAUGGUGUUGUACAUCGUGAUCUGAAACCAUCGAAUAUUCUGUUUGCCGAUAAAUCUUGUCGACCAUCAUCCAUUCGAAUAUGUGAUUUUGGUUUUGCUAAACAAAUGCGUGCUGAAAAUGGUUUAUUAAUGACACCAUGUUAUACGGCUAAUUUUGUUGCACCUGAAGUAUUACGACGUCAAGGUUAUGAUGAAGCAUGUGAUAUUUGGUCAUUAGGUGUUUUAUUAUAUACAAUGUUAGCCGGGAAAACACCAUUCACAAACGAUCCAAAUGAUACACCGGAAAAUGUUUUACAACGUAUAGGUACUGGAAAAAUUGAUAUCGAAUCAGGAAAUUGGAAAAAUAUAUCCAAAUUAGCUAAAGAUCUUGUUACAAAUAUGUUAGAUAUGGAUCCAACACGACGAUUAAAAGCACAAGAAAUUUUAAAUCAUGAUUGGAUAAAAAAACGUAAUGAAUUACCACAAACACAAUUAUUACAUGAUGAUUUAUCUAUUGUUAAAGCAAAUAUGAAUUUAGUAUUUGAUGCUAUACAAAAACCAAUACCAUUUUCAUUAAAUCCAGUUAAAACAUCUGAAUUAGCAAAACGUCGUGCAUUACGUAAUACAAUUAAAUCAUUAGAAAAUGGUCAAUAGAUAAACACAAAUAUUCCAUAUACUCAACAACCACAACAGCAACAAUUCCUGGUGAUAUUUCAUUCAAUUGAUUUGAUUUGAUCGAUAAAACGAAGCAAAAAUCAAAUCAAAUCAAAACAAAAAUCAGUAUUUUUUCAUAUGGCGUUUUCUUACUUUUCCUUCGAUCUCAUCCCUAAAACAUCCAAUUCAAUGGCCAAAUUGAUAACCUUUAAACAUUU